AUGCUGGACUGCAAUGACUAUGUUCUAGACUCAAGAAUGAACAAUCCGUCAGAAACGAGUAAACCAUCAAUGGAAAGUGGAGAUGCCAAUACAGGUACACAAACGAAUGGCCUGGACUUCCAGAAGCAGCCUGUUCCUGUUGGAGGAGCAAUCUCUGCAGCUCAGGCUCAGGCCUUCCUUGGACACCUCCAUCAGGUCCAACUCGCUGGAACAAGUUUACAGGCUGCUGCUCAGUCCUUAAAUGUACAGUCUAAAUCUAAUGAAGAAUCUGGGGAUUCCCAGCAGCCAAGCCAGCCUUCCCAGCAGCCUUCAGUGCAGGCACCCAUCCCCCAAACUCAGCUCAUGCUGGCUGGAGGACAAAUAACAGGGCUUGCCCUGACACCGGCCCAGCAGCAAUUACUGCUACAGCAGGCCCAGGCCCAGCUGCUGGCAGCCGCAGUUCAGCAUUCAGCCAGCCAGCAGCACAGUGCCGCAGGCGCCACCAUCUCGGCCUCCGCUGCAACACCGAUGACGCAGAUCCCCCUGUCGCAGCCCAUACAGAUUGCACAGGAUCUGCAGCAGUUACAACAGCUACAACAGCAGAAUCUCAACCUGCAACAGUUUGUGUUGGUGCAUCCAACCACCAACUUGCAACCAGCACAGUUUAUCAUCUCACAGACGCCACAGGGGCAGCAGGGCCUCUUACAAGCGCAAAAUCUUUUAACACAACUACCUCAGCAAAGCCAAGCCAACCUCCUGCAGUCUCAGCCAAGCAUCACCCUCACCUCACAGCCAGCAACCCCAACACGCACAAUAGCAGCAACCCCAAUUCAGACACUCCCACAGAGCCAGUCAACACCAAAGCGAAUUGAUACGCCCAGCUUGGAGGAGCCCAGUGACCUUGAGGAGCUUGAGCAGUUUGCCAAGACUUUCAAACAAAGACGGAUCAAACUUGGAUUCACUCAGGGUGAUGUUGGGCUCGCUAUGGGCAAACUCUAUGGAAAUGACUUCAGCCAAACUACCAUCUCUCGCUUUGAAGCCUUGAACCUCAGCUUUAAGAACAUGUGCAAGUUAAAGCCCCUUCUAGAGAAGUGGCUCAAUGACGCAGAGAACCUCUCAUCUGAUUCAGCACUCUCUAGCCCAAAUGCCCUGAAUUCUCCAGGGCCGGGGAUCGAGGGUUUGAACCGCAGGAGGAAGAAACGCACCAGCAUAGAGACCAACAUUCGUGUGGCCUUAGAGAAGAGUUUCCUGGAGAAUCAAAAGCCUACCUCGGAAGAAAUCACCAUGAUUGCUGAUCAACUGAAUAUGGAAAAGGAGGUGAUCCGUGUUUGGUUUUGUAAUCGCCGCCAGAAGGAGAAAAGGAUCAAUCCACCUAGCAGUGGUGGGACCAGCAGCUCACCUAUAAAAGCAAUUUUCCCUAGUCCAACCUCACUGGUGGCAACCACACCAAGCCUUGUGACAAGCAGUGCGGCCACUACCCUGACUGUCAAUCCUGUACUCCCUCUAACCAGCGCUGCAGUAACUAAUCUCUCUGUUACAGGAACUACAGAAACAACCUCCAACAACACGGCAACUGUGAUUUCCACAGCACCUCCAGCUUCCUCUGCAGUGACACCCCCCUCUCUGAGCCCCUCCCCUUCUGCCUCCGUCUCUGCCUCAGAGGCGUCCAGUGCCAGUGAGACCAGCACAACACAGACCACCUCUGCCCCUCUGUCCUCCCCUCUUGGGACCAGCCAGGUGAUGGUGACAGCAUCCGGGUUGCAGACAGCAGCUGCUGCCCUCCAAGGAGCUGCCCAGCUGCCUGCAAAUGCCAGUCUUGCUGCAAUGGCUGCUGCAGCAGGACUAAGUCCAGGGCUGAUGGCACCCUCACAGUUUGCAGCUGGAGGUGCCUUACUCAGUCUCAACCCAGGGACACUGGGCAGUGCUCUUAGCCCAGCUCUGAUGAGCAACAGUACACUCGCAACAAUUCAAGCUCUUGCAUCUGGUGGAUCUCUUCCAAUAACAUCUCUAGACGCAACUGGGAACCUGGUAUUUGCCAAUGCAGGAGGAACUCCUAACAUCGUGACUGCCCCGCUGUUCCUGAAUCCUCAGAACCUCUCUCUGCUCACCAGCAACCCCGUUAGCCUGGUCUCUGCAGCUGCAGCCUCCUCCGCAGGGACCUCUGGUCCAGUCGCUGGCCUUCAUGCCCCUUCCACCUCAGCUGAGUCCAUCCAGAACUCUCUCUUCACUGUGGCCUCUGCUAGUGGGGCUGCUUCCACCACCACCACUGCCUCUAAGGCACAGUGAGCUGGGUUCAGCUGGGCUGCCACCAGCCUUCUUCAUUUUGCAGGGUGAUUUGGCUGCUGGCUAGGUUUAAAACUGAAAAUAUGAUUGGCUUCCUCUCACCAUAUUGCUGGGGACAAGGGAGAGAAGGAAAACAAAGAGAAACAGGAAGGAUGGAAAGAUGGGACAGACAUUUGCCUAAUUUUGUAAUAAACACUGUCUUUUCAGGAUUGCUUCAUGGAUUGGAGAACUUUCUAACCAAAAAUGUAAAAAAAAAAAAAAAAAUUAAGUAAAAGGACUACUUAUCAUUUCCAGCAGUCACGAUGACAAGUUAAGGUGGGUUAUCAAUUCCAACAUAGGAAGGGGAUUUCUUGUUUGUCUAAA